UAGCAAAGCGUAUCCAACUGAAGCACUGCCCAUUCGACAUGUGGAUGCAGUGGAGAUAAAAAAAAUGUGUUCAAGUGAGUAUUGAUAGGAAUCCAAGUGCACCUGCUGAACUCUGGGAGAUGAUUGAAGAGACCACGGAGGCGACAGAGAUGUGGUUUUGAGGUUGAUGGAAACCUCAGAGAAGAUGUUUGUCUGGGACGAGGAGUGGAACAUCUCCUUUGCAGGCUGCGGCUUCAGGAGUAUUUACUACCUGGGAGCUUUGAGCUGUAUCCUGCAGCGGGUCCCACAGCUGGUUCAUGGAGCCUCGAAGAUCUGUGGAGCUUCAUCUGGUUGUCUCGUGGCUGCAGCUCUGACUGUUGGGAUUCCCAUCGAGCAGUUCAUUGCUGAUGUUUUGACUCUGGCCAAAGAGGCCAGAAAACACUCUCUGGGAGUUUUCCACCCGACCUUCAGUCUGCUGCGGACAGUACGGGACUCCCUGCUGGAGAAGCUUCCGGCUGACGCCCACCUUCGGGCCUCUGGAAGGCUCUGCGUGUCCCUCACCAGACUGGCUGAUGGGAAGAACGCCUUGGUGUCAGAGUUUGACAGCAGAGAGGAGCUCAUUCAGGCUCUGAUGUGCAGCUGCUUUUUCCCUGUUUACUGUGGUUUCAUCCCACCUUCAUACCACGGAGUGCACUACAUGGAUGGAGCCCUGAGCAACAACAUGCCUCUGUUCGAGCAGAGGAACACCAUCACUAUGGCCCCGUUCUCCGGCGAGAGCGACAUCUGCCCCAGAGAGGGAACCUUCAACUUCUUCGAGGCGCACUACGGCAACGUAAGCAUCCAGGUCAACACCGGCAAUGUGCACCGGGUCUGUACGUCCUUCCUCCCUCCCAGACCUGAGAAGCUGGCGGAGAUCUGUCACAACGGCUACAUGGAUGCUCUUCAUUUCCUGAGAGAAAGAGAUCUGCUUGGAACACGGUGUCUUCUGCCCAGUUUGAUGGCGGAGACGGACGCAGUGAAACCGGCUUGUUGUGAGCUGGUGAAGGAAGUGGCUCAAGCUAAAGAGUCCAAGCAGACACUGUUGAAUGGACAAAACCCUCAGCAGGAAGAUCACUGGUGGCUGGGCCUGCAUGUCACAGAGAAUCUCCCAGCAGGCAUCAAGAAAGUGCUGUGUGAGGCCUGCAGGGAGAGUCCCUGUGGAGACACUCAGUGGUCUCGGGUCACCCAGUUGCUUCCAGUGAGAGUGCUGGUGUGUCUCCUGAGCCUCCUCAUGCUGCCCGUUGGGCUGAUCUUCUUACUCACCAAAGGCAUAUUAUCGCUGUUAACGUCGUCCUCAGGUCUCUGCCGGCAGACAUGGAGCAGCGAAGUCAAAGACCCCCACAGCAGCUCCUCUAACUCAGACCUCAGAGCCCGGACAGGAGGACACAGAAAUAUCAAACCGCUGACCUCAACAAUCACCCCAAAUACCAACAAAACUCUUCAUUGGGACAACAACAUGAACCUGGACUUCUUCUCCCUCACAUCUGUCUGUUCAGGUCCAUCCAACUUCUCCAAUACACCUGCGUGUGGUAAGGAGACUUUAAAUGAAGUAAAACAGACACUUCAUCCACCAGAAACCAGGCAGAAAGCCAAAAAGACUUAACUGCAAAUGUAAAACCCUUUUAUGAAUGGGAUAUAUGUAUCAUAUGUCAGAUGAAUCAUUAGAGUAGCUCUACUGAUAUGUAUUUAUGAUCUCUUUACACUUCUGUGUAAAAUAAAUACUUGUUUGGAUUUGUCUAACUCGUGUGUGUAUUGCCUCAACAAUGAACUGAGAUGGUGACCAAAAGCUUGACUUAACUUUUCCCAAUGAUCACACUUAAAGUA